AUGGUGGAGCGCGGACCAACGCAGGCAUGGGCACCAAGGACCUCCACCGAAGAUGCUCAGUUGAAAGUGAAGGGGCGAGAAGACUUGAAGCGCACUGUCACGCCGACCUCGAGUGAUGCUGCGACUUUCGCCACAAGUCUACGCGAAGCUGCUGCCGGUGAGCCGGGUCGAAAUGCCCUGGCCGUCACGGAACAACGGAGUGCUGGAGGGCGGCCCAGCAUCACCUCCAGCGAUCAAGGUUCAAGGAGUCAGGAGAAGGGCGGCGAACUCGUGACGUCGCCUUCAUCCAGUAGUGUGCUGCAUUCCUACAAAGGAGCACCCUCUACAAUGAAAUCGAAGGCCAAGGGCAAAUGGAAGGCGUUUGCGCAUGGCGUUGGAAGGCUUUGCUCAUGCAUUGCCGAGAACAAAGCCUUCGUUUUCGUUGGAACCUUCAUCACCGUGUGGGCUCUGAUAGGAGAUGACUUGAAACUGCUGGUCACCAAUCGACCCGUGGAUAAUAUCUUCGAUGGCCUGGUGGUGUUUUGCAUAGUAUUCUUCACCUUGGAGGUGCUGGUGUGCAGCCUAGGCAAAGACGACUAUUUUAUGAGCUUCUUCUUCUGCCUUGAUGUCUUGUCAACCUUGACACUCUUCAUGGAUCUCACAGUGGUGUCAGAAGCCCUCUUUGGAGACAGCGACUCUGACCCCAGCAACACCAGAACCAGCCGGACGGCCCGUGUUGGAGCCAAAGUCGGGCGAAUCGUUCGAGUGCUGCGCUUGAUUCGAAUUGUGAAGCUCUUUAAAGCUUUUCUGGCCUCUUCGAAACCCAAGAAGAAGCCACCCAGAGAUCGACUGUCCAUGGCAGAAGAAGAUGAUGAUGACAAUUUUCCGGAAGAAGAGGAACACUUCGACAAAGAAAGCUUAGUCGGGAAGAAACUUUCGGUCUCCUGGGGUGAGCGCCAGAGCCACCGACAGGGCGAGAACCAACAAAGCAACGUGCACGAGCCGCGAUGCUAUUGGGUGCCCUGGCGAGUGCGUUUUGGCCACAGCCGAGCCAACAGUCCGGUGUCCUGGGAGAUUCCGGAGCAACGAUGUUCAGCUCAAAAAAUCCACCAAAACGGACUGAGGAAUUCUCCUUAUUCUCCUUCUGGAAUCCCAGGCCUGAACUUCUACUCACACGUCCGGAUCAUCUUGACCAUCGUGAGGCGCCGAGUGGGAGCUGCCCAUCUCAUUGUGAUGCGCACAGCUGCGAGCUUCACUUCGCGCAAGGGGCAAACGGAUGACGAAGUGAGGCCUCACGAGUUUUGGUCCGAUGGGCGGCGGGACCCGUCUCAGCCAUCACGCUCGCCACGCUCGCGGGCCACGACCUUCUGCGCGGCGGUGGAAGGCGAUGAUGACUUCGAAUUUGAGGAGGACAAUGGCCUGGCGGUUGCCUAUCCUACUUUGGACACGAAAGGGACUGAAAAAAAUGUGCAGCAGAAGACCACGAAGAGCACAGCCCUCCCAGCGGACAGCUUGAAGCCGACCACUCGGUUCAAGGAGGAGCCUUCAGGUAGCAGUCCGCGGACGCCAGGAUCAGGCCGUGGACUGGGAUUUCGAAGUUCCAGAAGUUCCAUCAGCAGCUUGUCGGAAAAUGCACGGAAAGCAGCUGCCACCCGGGCAGCCAUGGCUGGUUUGAAUAUCAGCAUGGAAGAUCCGGAUACAGGAAGGGGGCAAGGUGGUGUGAUCACCCGUGCAGUCUCCCGGAUCUUACGUGCUGGAAUUCACUGGACAUAUCUUCCGAAAAGGGUUGCUUUAUCCAGUCUGGGAGUGAGAGCCGAUGGUGGGGCAGAGGAGUCUAGGCGAGACGAAACUCGCUCCAUGUUCUCUAUGGUGGCAGGUGCGGCAGAUGUCACAGUGUUGAAGCUCUCCUUUGUGGCAAAGUCCAGAACUGAGAGCAAAGAGUUGAGACCAGCUACGAUUCGAUCCACCGUGCAAGAGUUCAAGGAGGCCACAGCGGAUGCUGCACAGCAACUGGAGCAGCUGGGCUUCUGUUUCUGGCGCCAGGGGGUCAGUAUGGACUGCUGCCAGCGGCUGGCGAGAUACGUGGAUGAGGCCCUCCUUGCUGCAGAAGCGGAGGUGGCCGCUGCAGACCAGGAGACGCGCUAUGCGCGGCACCGGACGUAUUUCAGAAGGCUGGCACAUGCGACGCGGCAAGAUCGGAUUGAGUUCACCCUGCCGAUGGUUCCUGUUGUGGUUGAUGCCUUGAAGGAAAUGGUGGCCUCAGUUGGUGGCUUGUUGGAACCCUUCGUGAGCAGAUCUGGAAGAUUGGUGGAUCUCUCGUGCAUGAUCAGUGAUCCAGGCUGUGAGUUCCAACCUCUACAUGCAGAUACUUCCAUGGAAAGGGUGAAAUUCACGGUCUUUGUGGCCUUACAAGACGUGACAAAGGAGAUGGGACCGACGUUUCUGUGCCCAGAAACGCACAACUUUGAAAGCCAUGCAGCUCUGGAUGUGAUGAAAAAGAUGCCAGUGCCUCAUGAAGAGAUGUUGGAACGCUUCGGAGCUGUUCCUGCACUCUGCAACUGCGGCGACAUUUUUAUCAUGACGCUUGGCGGCAGGAGCUAG